AUGGAAAUAUACAGUACUGUGACUCUCCUCUUCGCGUGGCUGGUGGUGCAGGAGGUCCACAGCGAGCUGGACUACACGAACCAAGGACAGGGUCAGCAACUGCAGGGCGACGUCUCCCUCGCCGGAUUCUUCCCUCUUCAUUACACAGCUGAACCAAACACUGAAUUUCCUGCUUUGGUUUCAUGCAAUGAAGGUCAAGAAAACCCUCAUGGGUAUCAUUUGAUGCAAGCAAUGAGAUUCACUGUGGAACAAAUCAACAACAGCACGGGUCCUCAGGCCCUGCUGCCUGGAGUCAAGCUGGGCUACCAGCUGUACGACACAUGUUCGGUCGCAGCAGGUAUCCUGGCCUCGCUGGACCAGCUGGAGGAGCAGUUCGAAGGUCCGUCUGGGCCCGACGGCGCCGCGCACCUGAACUACAGCAGAAUUAAAAAGGUGCUGGCUGUCAUCGGACCGGACAGCAGCAGCAAAUCUUUUGUUCCUGCGGCUCUACUGGGAGCCUAUCUGGUGCCACAGAUCUCCUAUGAGGCAUCGAAUGAAAUGCUCAGCAACAAGGAAUUGUAUCCAUCCUUCCUUCGCACAAUUCCCAAUGACAGGAACCAGGUAGCAGCAAUAAUCCAGAUUCUGGUCCAUUUCAACUGGACCUGGAUCGCUCUGCUGGGGAGUGAUAAUGCGUACGGGCUGGAGGGCAUGCAGAGCAUCUCACAGCAAGCCGCUCUCCACGGCAUCUGCAUCGCCUACCAGGGAGUCAUCCCCACCUACAGAGAGGACACCGUCCAGACCAUGAGGCACAUCGUGGAGGCCUUGCUCCAAACCAAGGUCACCGUCGUCGUGGUCUUCUCCAGCAAGACAAUUCUCUCAAAGUUCCUCCCGUUUCUUAUCAAACGCAACAUAACAGACAGGGUGUGGAUCGGGACGGAGGACUGGUGCAUGUCCAGACUCAUAUCAGGCAUAGAAGGAGUCCAUACAAUCGGCACCGUGCUCGGCGUCUCCGUCAAAUAUUUCUCCAUCCCUGGGUUUGUGGAGUUCGAGAGAAAAACCCUUGAAGCUUCGAUGCAACACAACUUCAGUGAAACAGAGAGCUCGGACAACGGCUGUCUCCAGAGCAAAGAGCUGUACAGCCUGACCAGGAGGAACUUCUCCCUCGAGAAGUACGACAUAACGUCUUCUUUCAAUGUGCAGAAGGCGGUGUACGCCGUGGCUCAUGCUCUGCACCAAGCACUUGGAUGUGGAGCUGGAGAGUGUCAGAGGAGAACUCUUCAUCCGUGGGAGCUCUUGCCGUGGAUCAGACAGGUGCGGUUUUCCCUGGGGAACAGCUCGGUGUACUUUGAUGUGAACGGUGACCCGCCCACCGGGUACGACAUUGUCUCCUGGAUCUGGAAGGGGAAGGACUGGUCCUUCAACAUGGUUGGCUCCUUCACUCCAGAUCCCGUUGCCCUCACCAUCGAUGGUGAUCAGAUCCAGUGGUACGGCUCAGGAACGGAACGGUCGAGAGAGGUGCCGCUGUCUAUCUGCUCCUCGCCGUGUCCCAGAGGCCACAGGAAGCUGCUGACGGGCCAGCACACAUGCUGCUUCGACUGCCUGCCCUGUCCUGCUGCCACCUUCCUCAAUGACAGCGAGCCCACGCUGUGCCAGCCCUGCCCCCCGGAGCAGUGGGCCCCCCCCAGCAGCGAGCAGUGUCUGGACCGCUCCGUCCUGCUGCUGCCCUGGGACGACCCGCUCGCCGUCGCCCUCCUCUUCUUUCUGGCCGCCUGUCUUCUCCUGACCUCCGGCUCGGCCGUGAUCCUCCUGCUCAACCUGAACACGCCCGUGGCCAAGUCCGCCGGCGGCCGCACCUGCCUGCUGAUGCUGGCGGCGCUGACCGCCGCUGCCAUGAGCUCCCUGUGCCACUUCGGGCCGCCGUCCCCUCUGGCCUGCGUCCUCAAGCAGCCUCUGUUCCUGCUGAGCUUCACGGUGUGCCUGGCCUGCGUCACCGUGCGCUCCCUCCAGGUCGUCUGCAUCUUCAAAUUCGCAUCCAGGCUGCCGCCGGUCUACGACAAGUGGGCCAAAAAUCACGGGCCGGAGGCCACCAUCCUGCUCGCGUCGCUCCUCAUCCUGUUCAUCUCCGUGCUCCGCGUGGCGGCGGACGCGCCCCGGCCGUCCCGGGACCUGCAGUUCUACCACGACAGCGUGGUGCUGGAGUGCAGCAACAUGCUCUCCGCCGGCGCCCUGGUGGAGCUGGUCUACGUCUCGCUGCUCAGCGCCCUCUGCUUCUCUUUCAGCUACAUGGGCAAAGACCUGCCGGCCAACUACAACGAGGCCAAGUCGGUGACCUUCAGCCUCAUGGUGUACAUGAUCUCCUGGAUGAGCUUCUUCACGCUCUACCUGGUCAGCAGAGGCCCGUUCGCCAUGGCCGCCCACGUCUUCGCCACCCUCUUCAGCGUGCUGGCCUUCUACGUGGGAUACUUCCUCCCUAAGAUUUACAUCAUUGUCAUGAGGCCGCAGAUGAACACCACCGCACAUUUCCAGAACUGCAUUCAGAUGUACACCAUGAGCAAACAGUGA